AUGGCAGGUGGAUUGUUCAUUUGGGCGGCAACUGCCUACCGAUUUAUUCAAGAUGGCCCCUUCGCCGAUGAGAGACUACAAACCCUCCUAAAAGGUAGCUUAUCAACUGGCGCACCAGAGGAGCACCUCAAUGAGCUAUACACUACCGUUCUAAAGAAAGCCAUCCGGCCAAAAUACUCUACAGAAGAGCAGGAGAGGUUAUACCAUAUGCAACGGCAUAUCCUUGGAAAUAAGAAGCAAGCCCAUCAGAUUUUGGCAGCCAGCUGUAUACAAGUUAUGUCGAAGUGGCUUAAGCAAGACAUCUGCGGUUUAGAUGCGCCUGGCCUGCUUGCGAGCGAGGUCGAGAGAACCCAAAUUGAGCAAAGUCUUCCUCCCGAAGUCCAGUACGCAUGCCUCUUUUGGGUCGAGCAUGUUUUAAGGAGCGAGAUCCAACCAUCCGAUAAUGACUAUAUACACCAGUUCCUGCAGGAGCAUCUUCUUCAUUGGCUUGAAGCUCUUGGAUGGAUGGGGAAGGUUCCGGAAGGAGUACACGCAAUUACUUCUUUAGAGUCGUUGACCGCUGUCAAUAUACCUCCGAGCCGGAUAAACCGCUCGAAGACCUUUCCGAAGAAGUUCCAGCACAUGUUGAAAUGGAUCUCCGGCUCCGUACCAUCAGCUUCAAUUCCUGCGUAUCAACGCCAGGUCGUUCAUGCUACUGAGCGUAAUCCCCCUGGUUUCUCGGAUUUCAUUUAUGACGCCAAGCGGUUUAUACUCUAUAACCGGCCAGCGAUCGAGCAGGCUCCACUUCAGACGUACUGGAGUUGCCUCAUAUUCGUACCAACAACUAGCGUAAUAAGGAAGCAGUUCGAAGGGCGCAUAUCCGGGGAGAUAUUGCAAUUGCCCCGGGUCUCGGAGAAAUGGAACGCGCUGCUACAGACGCUCGAGGGCCAUUCGGGCCCCGUCACGUCCGUGGCCUUCUCGCCUGAUGGCAAGACGCUGGCCUCGGCUUCGUGGGACGGCCCUAUCCGGCUAUGGGACGCCAGGUCGGGCGCCGCACUACAGACGCUCGAGGGCCAUGGGGGCGCCAUGCUACAGAAGUUCAAGGUCGAUAAUGGCGCUGCCACGGCCGUGGCCUUCUCGCCGGAUAACAAGACGCUGGCGUCGGUUUCGUGGGAUGGCACCGUCCGGCGAUGGGACGCCGGGUCGGGUGCCGCACUCCAGACGCUCGAGGGCCAUUCGGGACCCGUCAUGUCUGUGGCGUUCUCGCCGGACGGCAAGACGCUGGCGUCGGCUUCGUGGGACGGCACCCUCCGGCUAUGGGACACCGGGUCGGGCGCCGCGCUACAGACGCUCAAGGGCCAUGGGGACGCCGCGCUACCGACGCUCAAGGGCUACUGGGUCGCCGCGCUACAGAAGCUCGAUGGCGAUGAGGACCCCGCGCUACAGACGCUCGAGUUCGAUGAGCGCUGCGUCACGGCCGUGGCCUUCUCGCCGGAUAACAAGACGCUGGCGUCGGUUUCGUGCGAUGGCACCGUCCGACGAUGGGACGCUGGGUCGGGCGCCGCGCUACAGACGCUGAAGGGUCAUAAGCGCCCCGUCUUUGCCGUGGCCUUCUCACCGGACGGCAAGACGCUGGCGUCGGCUUCGGGGGACCGCACCGUCCGGCUAUGGGACGCCGGAUCGGGUGCCGCGCUACAGAUGCUCAAGGGCCAUAAGUGCCCCGUUUUGUCCGUGGCCUUCUCGCCGGACGGCAAGACGCUGGCGUCGGCUUCGGUGGACCGCACCGUCCGGCGAUGGGACACCGGAUCGGGCGCCGCGCUGCAGACACUCAAGGGUCAUUCGGACACCGUCUCUGCCGUGGCCUUCUCACCGGACGGCAAGACGCUGGCGUCGGCUUCGUGGGACGGCACCGUCCUGCGAUGGGACGGCAAGAUGCUGGCGUCGGCUCCGUGGGACGGCGCCGUCCUGCAAUGGGACGCCGGGUCGGGCGCCGCGCUGCUGAGGCUCAUGGGUCAUAAGCGCGGCGCGCUGAAGAUUCUCAGGGGUUAUAAGGGCGCCGUCAUGGCCAUGGCGUUCUCGCUAGACGGCAAGAUGCUGGCGUCGGGUUGGGAGGACGGCACUGUCCGGCUAUGGGACGCCGGGUCGGGCGCUGUACUACAAAUGCUUAAGCGCAAUGGGUACGACGUCACAGCCGUGGCCUUCUCGCCGGACGGCAAGACGCUGGCGUCGGCUUCGGGGGACCGCACCGUCCGGCUAUGGGACACCGGGUCGGGCGCGGCGCUGCAGAGGCUCAAGGGCCAUUCGGGCACCAUCACGGCCAUGGCGUUCUCGCCGGACGGCAAGACGCUGGCGUUGGCUUCGGGUGACGGGACGGCCAGGCUGUGGGACGCCGGGUCGGGCGCAGUGCUGCAGACGCUCGAGGUUGGGGCCGUCCUCGAAACUCUGUCUUUCUCCAAUGACGGCACCUCUCUUCAGACCAACCGAGGAUCCUUACCUAUUUUACAAACUCCCUCUAAUAUUACGCCUGUAAUUAGCUCACAGCUUCCGUCUUCUAUCUUUGUCCAGGACCAAUGGGUGAGUCGCCGUACCGAGCGAAUCCUUUGGCUUCCUCUUGAGCAUAGGCCAAGCCGCAUUGCUGUCUAUGGAGGCGUAGUUGCAUUCGGGUACGCGUCUGGAAGAGUUACGAUGAUGGAAUUUGCUCGAUAACUUUCCCAAGCUUUCUCAAGA